CUCGCAAUAUGGCGGCGACAUAGACGUAUGAUGCUGCUGGUCAUGCGGCGUCUAGUAAUUCUACGUCUAUGGCGCAGAUAUUAGUGACGCCAUGACGCUAGCGUGCCUCAAAAUCACGUGACAGGCACAUUUCAAACAAGCAUCUUAGCGGCUCUUCGAAAGCUCGGCACAUCAGUAUCCAGAAGCACAUCACUAGUUUGCUUUUAUGAGACCCUCGUGCUCCAACUUAUUCACGACCAUAACAUCAAGGAAAGGUGCGAAAGGGCUUUCCCAUUUCACAUGGCCAUACACUGAGGUGUCUAAUGGCCUCCAGCUCAGGGCUGUCCAAGUGAGAAGAGAAUCUGAGAAGAGAAGAGCAGACACUUAAAGAGAGAGAAGAGUUUCCCACAGAGCAUGGCCUCUGCCAAUGAAGAUGGUGUGAGUGAAAGAACGGUUGACAUUAAAGAAGAGGACUGUGAGCGGCUCACACCAGAGGAUGUGCGUGUGAAGCUGGAGGAUCACGAAGAAAGAAUUUCAGUUUUUAAAGCGGAGGAGGAGUGCAAUUGGGUGACUGCUGCCAUUAAAGCUGAGGAUUUGAAUGAUUUCUCUGUUGGUCUUGAACUUCAAAAGCAUGAAACUGAGGAUAUUUUCAAUCAAGAUGCAUGUGAAGAAUCUCCAUCCAGUUUACAGCCCUGGUCCACUAAUACGGGACGACUGGCUAUGCAGGAGAAUUCUGCAGAGCUGAAAUCAGAGAUAUCAGAGUCUGAAGAGAAAAUCACCGAGGGAAAUGGGAGAGAAGGAGAAGAAUCACCUGGGAGUGUUGGAAUAAAUUUACAGAAGAAUGGCAGUUUCUCUCCACCUUUAUUUGGUCAGCCCUGUCUUCAAUACAAAGAGAAAGCUAUAAAGAAAUCAUCAAGAGGAUCAGACAGCCUGACAACAGACUUUUUGCAGUGCAGUUCUCUUCCUGCUACUGGACUAACACAGACAGAAUCCAUCAAAACUGAUCAACAGCAAGUGGAGAAGGAAAUUGAAAUUCACACAGGAAAAAAAUGUUGUUUGGAAUGUGGCAAACAAUUUACACACAAAAGUGAUCUUAGUAGGCAUAUGAAGAUUCACACUCCACAAAAAACAUAUUGUAAGGAAUGUGGUAAGUCAUUCUUAAUGAGAAGCAGUCUUCAAAGACACAGAAGAAUACACACUGGAGAAAAACCUCAUUGUUGUCCAGAAUGUGGUAAUUCAUUCUCACAAAGAAGUCAUCUUCAGAUACACAGAAGAAUCCACACAGGUGAAAAACCUCAUUACUGUUCAGAAUGUGGUAAGUCGUUCUCACAUAUAAGCAAUCUUCAGAUACACAGAAGAAUCCACACAAGUGAAAAACCUCAUUACUGUUCAGAAUGUGGUAAGUUGUUCUCUCAUAUAAGCAAUCUUCAAAGACACAGAAGAAUCCACACAGGAGAAAAACCACAUUGCUGUUCAGAGUGUGGUAAGUCGUUCUCCAGUAGAAACCAUCUUCAGAGGCACAGAAGAAGCCACACAGGAGAAAAACCUUAUUGUUGUCCGGAAUGUGGCAAGCAAUAUUCUGAUAAACUCAGUUUUCAAAGGCACACAGAAAUCGAUACUGGAGAGAAACCAUAUUGCUGUUCUCAAUGUGGAAAAAUGUUUUUCAAUAGUAGGUGUUUUCGAGUUCACACACAAACUCACACUGAAGAGAAAAUGCAGUAUGCCUGUUCUGAUUGUGGCAAAUGUUAUGCCACCAAGAAAAGUCUUUAUAGACACAGAAAAAUCCAUAGUGGAGAAAAAUAUUUUUGAUGUUUAAAAUGUGGGAAACGAUUCUUAGAUUUAAACGCACUUCAGUUCCACAUCAGAACUCAUACUUGAGAGAAACCUUAUUGUUGUCCUGUAUGUGUUAAGCAGUUCUCGCAACAAAGAACCCUAAAGAGUCGUAUUAGACUUCACGCCGGAGAAAAACCACAUCAUUGCUUGGAAUGUGACAAACAAUUCUCAAACCUCAGUUCUCUUUUAAAUCAUAGGAUAAGUUAUAUUGGAGAGAAACCUUGUUAUUCCCAUUCAUUUUGUUAAGAAACAAAGCUGUUCUGAUAAUGGCAAGCUUUUCUCGAAUAGCACGACUCUUAACACCACAUGAGAAUUCAUUCUAGCGAGAAACUAUAUUGCUGUCCAGAAUGUGGCAAACGAUUCUCACGUUCAAGAAAUCUUAGGUGCCACAGAAGGAUCCACACUGGAGAGAAGCAGUACACCUGUUCUCAUUGUCAUUAAGGGUAAUCUUCCAGAAGACGUUUUUGUAGACACACGCAUAGCCAUUUUUAAGUAAAGUCUGUCUCAGAAAUGACAACUGAUCUUUCCAUUGAAUCCUCAGGCAAAAAAAAAAUGAAGACAAGUCUUCUGAAUGCAGUAAUGAACUCCAGCUGAAAGUAGUUAAUAAAUAAAUAAGAAAUAGUGGAGAAUACACUGAGUGUCAAACAGAUUGUAGAUGUAAGGUAACCUCAGAGCCACAUAUGAAUUCAGUCUGGAAUGAACACACUGGGAUUCAACACACAUAUUUUACAAACGAGAAGAAUCUUCUUCAACAACUUAAAGGUGCAAGAAAAAACUUCAUUGUUAUCCUAAAUGUGGUUAACACUUUUCAGACAGCAGUGGCCUUCAUAGUAAUAAAUGACUGGCCUACUUGUGAUAAGCCUCUUAUCUGUUCUGAAUGUUGAAAGUGGAUCUCCUGUUUCAGUCAUCAUUAACAACACGUAAGAUUUCAUGAACUCUGAAGAAACUGUACUGCCAGGACGUCAGCCAUACAGGGACUGAUCAUCUCUGCACCAGUGCUGUAACAUAAGAUGGUGAACAAUACAAACACCAGACAACAGAAUGAGAUAGCAACAGUACUGUGUGGUGAUAACAACUUCAACCACAGAACACAACUGAAAAAGUUCAAUGUAAUAAUUAAAAUGGAGAAAUCAAAUCAAAUCCACAGUGCAGUGCCAACUACCAGGAGGUGCCACUGACAACAAGGGAAAUAUUUUUGUUUCGGAGCUUUGUAGAUGGGGCCUUAUCUGAGUAGCCAUGAACUUGUACCAUCUCUGGGAUGUCAUCUGAUGGCUGACACCUGGGCUGAGUGCAAACAGCCGUUCUUAACUCUGAUAAUGAAGAAGUCAUUUAGUGAUGUCAGCUGACAGCCAACUCUGUCCAUUCAGAUACUGGGGAGGGACAGUCGAGGAGGACAGGAGACUAAAAAGAGAGCCGUCACAUGACAGACCAAUGUAGAGGGGCUUUAUAAGACUUUUACACUAAUUUAGGUUAUCAUUUAUAAAUGAUGAGCGUCUUUACAAACCAAACACAUUCAUCAGCAGUGUGUCAAGGGUGAGUCCCAAUGUUGGAAUUUAAGAAGAUUUAAAUACAAAUAAAAUUAAACAUUCAGGGUUCAAAGAGAAAUGUUUAAGACCUAAAGAGGGAGUUACAACAGCAUGCUAGGGUUAGCACGGGGGACCACAGUUGUGAAGAAUAUAAAUUAAUGUGUAGAAGGAAUAUUAUUUAAAAUAAUAAUAAUUUUAUGAGAAAUGGGACACCAUAAUGAAUGCAGAACACAAUAAAAAUGAUAUGAACUGAUUUUGUUGUCUGACAUAUAAGAAAUAAAGGGAAGACAAAGCAGAAACACACAGGGAUCUCUGUUGCCCCAGCUGUUCAUUUGAUAAAUGAACCUAAAAAUAUAACGGAUGUCACUUUGCUCCAUGUCAGUAUAUCCUGGGUGGUGUGUGAAGGACGCUCUAUACUCUGAAUGUGUUAGUUCAGGUUUCAGUUUGAGUUCAGCACCUUCUUCAUAUCGAUACCCAAGACAAAGUUUCUUCACGUCGAGACUACAAGCUGGAGGCCACAGGCGCUCAAUAAACUCCAACAGCAGGAUGGACGAUUAGAAAGCUCUACUUUGAGAGAGUGUCAGCUACACAAAGCUUCGGCUUCAUUUACUUAACAGAAAACUCCAAAAAGUAGAAGAGGCCCCUUCUGUACCCCUACCACUGAAGGUCACGUUUCACCCCUCACUACUCGGUGUUGGUUCACUCUGCUUGGACUUUCUGUAUUUUGUAAGUUUAUGUUUCAUUUUUUGGUCACACUCUUUUUACAUUUCUUUUCAUGGAUGUUCUCAAAUGUGUGAGUAUAGCUUGACUCUUACAAGGACUUAUCUAAAAACGGCACAUUGGCCAUGAAAUGCAAGAACGCAGAAAAAUAUAAAAAGUGGAAACCACAAAAUGAAGAAGUAACAUCGAUGAAAUACGCUCAGUGGCAGAGGUGACAAGGACAACAUGAGUAAGGACAACACAGAAAAGACAGGUACUAAUUGAAAACAAAAGAAGAAAGCUGACUGGUGGAAGAACUGUCGGUCAUUCCUGAGUGGACUGUUGAGGACAGCCGUGACAUGCAGACUUCAGAGUUCAUGUGUUUUUGAUUUCAAAUCUGUGACCAUGCACUGAAUAAGUCUGUUAUUUAUCAGUUAACAUGUUCUGAGACUGUAAUGUCAUCACAAAGAUCAUACAAACAUAUAAUGUGGAGUUUGUGAUCAGUCACUUUUGUUGAUUUUUAUGACACCAUUCAUCAGCCCUGUACAGAGUGACACUUCCAGAUCGGCAACCCCACUGCACCCCGUGGCACAUUUGGAGUUUGAGACUGGAGCAUAUUUCCUUUAAUGGGCGAUAUAGCUCCCUAAUUAGAAUAAGUUAUUUUAUAAUUGCAGCGUUUUAAGUAACUGAAAAAUAUUGAGAUAUGAUAUUUAAAGGCGAUAUCCCUCCCAUAGUGAGACGGUGGUAAAAAUCACAUAAGAGAAGAUAACUUAGCUUUCUUUACUGAUGAUUUAUUCAGCAUUACAGAUGGAGGAAGCUAUAGCAUGACAAUACCAAGGUGGUAGCUUGAGGUAUACAGUCUGCCAUUUUCCGUUGCUGCGCUGAAAGGAUUUUCGGGACGAAUGACGAUAUCACUCAUUCAUCCAUCAGCUUCGAAGUGUUUGGCUGCUUGUCCAAGUAUUUAUACUCUCUUCUCCACGUGUUGGCCCUUCUUUCGUUUCCAAACAAGGAAAGGAAAGGAUUCAAUUUCAUCUCUAACAUACAGGAAUAGUACAAUGCCUAUUUUCACAGUUGUCCCCUUCAUUCUCCAAAUGCUAGCAGUUUCUUAGUGCUGACUAGCAUUUUCUAAAUGCUGCCAUUGUGUGCUAACUUUGGCCUCCACAGGUGAGUGAAUUUAUAAAAUAAUUCUUUGUACAGCGCACAGUGACAUUAAACUUACAUUCUUCUAACAGAACACAAAGUGGAUGGCACUCUGAGAAGGACAGACUUGUAAGACGUGAACAAAGCCAGCUGCCCUCCCUGGUCUGUCUUCAUUCAGAAGGACUCACCUGAGUGGUGGGAUUGUUCUGCGGCGCUCCUGUUAGCCGACAUUUCAUCAGCUUGCUUUCUGCGUUUCAUCAGAUAACCAGCAGAGUUAAUCAAAGAUGAGCCAGGACUGUUACAAUGUGAACGUUCUUGACGUUUUGGAUUCCUUUAAAUAUUUUUUCUUCUUCUUUUCUUUGAGUUCUUGGAGGCCUUGUACAUUAGAGAUUAUUAAUACAUGAGCAUUUUGAUGUUAAUAAUGAAUGACAAUUAAUAAACUGUUUUUUUACUAAA